AUUCCAAUUUGACAGAUAUUUAUGCCGUUUUAAAUUAAUUUCCCCUAUUCCAAUUUGACUGAUAUAUAUGCCAUUAUUUUUAAUUAAAUUCUUUAUAUGUUCCUCUCCAAAAAAAUCCUUCCUAGUUCAAUGUUUCCCUCACAAAAAAAUGCAUGAACAAGUUCUCAAAUCCAAACCAAAAGGGGUAAGAACACUUUUCAUUAGACAACAGAACAAAACCUGUUCCCUUUAAAAUCAGUUUCAAGUUUCAAAUUAUUUUCAUCUUUCUCUUAUUUUCUCUCUUUGCUGCGAAAUUUUCCUUCAACUUUUCAAUCUCGCUAUACCCUUUUCAAUGGAAUCCUUGAUUUCUCUCAAGGGUCACUUUCAUGUCUUCCCUUCAUUCUCUUCCAAACCCAGAACCACAAUUCCUCCGACCCAAGUGAAUACUUAUAGAAAAAACUCUUUUUUCACUUUUUCUGUUCGAGCUCAGGUGGAGCCUAAUGAAGGUUCAGCUUCAAUUGCCACGUCUAGCGAAUCCGUGGUUGAUGCUCUCAAAGUUAAGGAAUGGGAAGUAGGAAUGUUUCAUAAUGAGGUUGCUGCUACGCAAGGUAUAAGAAUAAGGAGAAGACCACCAACUGGACCACCUAUUCAUUACGUAGGACCUUUUGAAUUCCGGUUGGAGAAUGAAGGCAAUACGCCUCGUAAUAUCUUGGAAGAGAUUGUAUGGAACAAGGACAUAGAAGUCAGACAUCUUAAAGAAAGAAAACCCAUUGGUAUGAUUAGGAAGGACCUUGAAAAGGCACCUCCCGUUAGGGACUUUAUUGGGGCUCUUAGAGCUGCUAAUGAACGAACUGGUUUGCCGGGAUUGAUUGCUGAAGUGAAGAAGGCUUCACCAAGUAGAGGCAUCUUGAGAGAAAAUUUUGAUCCGGUUGAAAUUGCUCAAUCUUAUGAGAAAGGUGGAGCAGCAUGUCUAAGUGUUCUGACAGAUGAAAAAUAUUUUAAGGGAAGCUUUGAAAAUCUUGAGUUAAUAAGAAAUUCUGGAGUGAAGUGUCCUUUGUUGUGCAAAGAAUUCAUCGUUGAUGCUUGGCAACUAUACUAUGCUCGAAGUAAAGGCGCAGAUGCAGUCCUUCUAAUUGCCGCUGUUUUACCUGAUCUUGACAUUAAAUACAUGACCAAGAUCUGCAAAUUACUUGGACUGACCGCUCUUGUUGAGGUGCACGAUGAGAGGGAAUUUGACCGUGUUCUUGGAAUAGAGGGGGUUGAGCUUAUUGGCAUCAACAACCGUAAUCUCGAAACAUUUGAGUUAGAUAUCAGCACCACAAAGAAACUUCUUGAAGGAGAGCGAGGCAAAAUAAUCCGUGAGAGAAACAUAGUUAUGGUUGGGGAAUCUGGUUUGUUCACUCCUGAAGAUAUUGCUUAUGUACAAGAAGCCGGAGUUAAAGCUGUUUUGGUGGGAGAGUCUAUUGUGAAACAAAGUGAUCCAGGAAAGGGAAUUAGCAAUCUCUUUGGCAAAGAUAUAUCUGUUUAAGUUGACAGAUUAAUUAAAUAAUAGAUAAAAUCAAGGUUCUUCAUUUUGUGCCUUUUGUAUUUUCUUGUACUACUUUAUCAAAAUCUUGGCAGCAGAAAACAUGUACCAACAUAUAUUUUUCUUUUGACAGUUUUUUGUUAAAGAUUAUAAUAAGAUUCUUCAUUUGAUGCCUUUUGCAA